GCUAUGACGUGGGAGUGGCUCAGACUGCACUGCGCGAUGACCUCUGCAUCUCGCGGCAUGAGUGCUGUUUCUCUUCUAACAGACUCGACCUCUUAUUCUCGUACUUCUUCCUACAGCUCAAACACCACCAACAACUAUGAGGACGAGAUAAAUGCCAAAAGAUUCUUCCUAGGAUCAGCCAGUGAAAGAGAAAUACCGACAGGGAAGACCUCUCUCCUCGGCGCCAUCUUUGUGGUGACCAACGCAGCAAUGGGAGCUGGUAUGCUCUCUUUCCCCUACGCCUUCUAUUUAGCUGGAAGCUGGUACUGGGGGAUCAGUGUGGAAGUGGGUAUGAUUCCAAUUAUUAUCAUUAGCUUAUUGAUACUGGCCUACUGCUCCGAACUUAAGCAAGCCGUCACGUGUGAGGAAACUCUCGGUCUUAUGCUCGGACCAGCUGCCAAAAUAAUUACCGAGAUACUCGUCCUCCUUUAUUGCUUCGGGACUUGCGUUGCAUUUCUUACUAUAAUGGGUGAUCAGAUAGAGGAUGUGACAUUUGCUUUCAAGUAUCACAACGAAAGUGUUUCGGAGCAAUGGUGGGCCAACAGAAAGUUUCUAGUCCCUAUUGUUGCUAUAUUGUUAAUAUACCCCUGGCUGUACCUGAGAAAGAUAGGUAUACUAAGUUAUACUAGUUUUCUAGGUAUCUUAUCUUGUGUUUAUAUUUGUCUCGUAAUUGUUGUCAAUUAUUUUGUAACCGAAGGGAAUAUCAAAUGUAAUGCACCCAAAUAUUAUCACUCGACAGAUUGUUCAAGAUCCUGGACCUCGUUCUUUAACUCCAUUCCUUUUGUAUGCUUUGCUUUCCAGUGCCACGUCUCCUCUAUACCAGUUUAUUCUGGCCUUAAGAAAAGGAGUGUGGGCCGUUUCUUCCUUGUCAUAGUAGCAGCUGUUUUCUUAUGCACUCUGCUAUACUCUCUUACUGGCUCAUUUGGUCUGAUCACUUUCUCCAAAAAAGGAUUGUGUAUUAAUUCUGACAUCAUGAGGAAUUAUUGUCCAACUGAUAUACCAGUCAGUGUUGCUAGAGGGAUGCUCUUUCUCUGCUUGAUUACCUCCUACCCUAUACUAGCUUUCUGUGGCAGAGUGUCGCUGGAUGGGUUUGUCUACAGACUAGCGUCGUGCUGUUGUAAAAGAGAUCACUACAGCUGGGCUCCUUCAUGGCUUACCGCCCAAUCCAUAGUAACAUUUGCUAACAUUCAAGUGUGGAUGUUUGGUUCGCUUGUUCUGGCUGUGUUUGUCAAAGAGAUUAAGGAGGUUGUGAGUCCCCUUGGAUCACUUGCAGCUGUUUUCAUAUUCGUAUUACCUGGGCUGUGUCUCCUUAAAUUGUCCUUGCAGUUUCAUUUUAACGGAAAGAUUAAAAAUGUUAUAGGGAUGAUAUUCUCUUUGUCCAUCAUCUCAUUUGGUGUAUUCAUUUUUGCCGAUGAUCUUAUAUAUAAUAUAAUGGAAGAAGCUGGUGUAUUUUAAUAUUUGUA